AUGGCAGCGAAAUCUGACGGUCGGGGGCUCGCCACGGCCACCGGCUUUGCCCAGCUGCACAACCUGGACGAGGCGACGGGCGGCGGCUGCGGCGGGGACUACACGCGGGAGGGCAGCUCGCUGCACAUCUGCCACUGCUGCAACACGUCCUCAUGCUACUGGGGCUGCCGGAGCGCAUGCCUGCACUACCUGCUGGGCAAGGGGCGCGAGGGCGCGCGGCCGGCGCGGGAGGAGCGCCUCUGGCUCGACUGCCUGUGGAUCGUGCUGGCGUUGCUCGUCUUCUUCUGGGAUGUGGGCACUGACCUGUGGCUGGCGGCAGACUACUACGCCAAGCAGGACUACCUCUGGUUCGGGCUCACGCUCUUCUUCGUGCUCGUGCCGUCCGUGCUGGUGCAGAUACUGAGCUUCAGGUGGUUCGUGCAGGAUUACACGGGAGGAGGCUUGGGCUCCGUGGAAGGGCUGAGCAGCCGGAGAGCCACAGCGGGUUCCCACGGCCGCGGCAGGUGCUGCCGCAUCUCCGUCUGGGUCUGGCAGACGCUCAUCCACAUCCUGCAGAUGGGACAAGUGUGGAGGUAUAUCCGGACCAUGUACCUCGGCAUACAGAGUCGGAGGCAAAAGGAAAAUCAGCGACGUUUCUAUUGGGCCAUGAUGUACGAGUAUGCUGAUGUGAACAUGCUUCGUCUCCUCGAGACCUUUUUGGAAAGCGCCCCACAGUUAGUGCUCCAGCUCUGCAUAAUGAUCCAGAAGAACCGCGCUGAGACGCUGCAGUGCAUGUCAGCUGUUGCCUCUCUCUUGUCUCUCUCCUGGGUGCUGGCUUCCUACCAUAAGCUUCUGCGUGACUCUCGCGAUGACCAAAAGAGCAUGAGCUACCGUGGAGCUGUGGUGCAUCUUCUGUGGCGCUUCUUCACCAUUUCCUCAAGGGCACUGUCCUUUGCCCUCUUUGCCUCGGUUUUCCAUCUCUACUUCGGCAUUUUUGUGGUGCUACACUGGUGUGCUAUGGCCUUCUGGGUGAUUCAUGGUGGCACCGACUUCUGCAUGUCCAAGUGGGAAGAGGUGCUCUUCAACAUGGUCGUUGGUGUGGUCUACGUCUUCUGUUGGUUCAGCGUGAAGGAAGGCAGGACUCGAUACCGAAUGGUAGCCUAUUACUCGCUGGUGUUAGUGGAGAACACUAUCCUGACUGUCUUGUGGUAUGUCUACAGAGACCCCAUCACUACUGACUCGUAUGCUGCGUCUGUGUUCUGCGGUGUCUUCCUGUGCUUUGCCUCAGGAGUGGCCUGCAUGGUCCUCUACUAUGGGGUUUUGCAUCCAAUGGGUCCCAGGCUGAGGGUCCUGGCAAGCUCCUGCUGCGCUGAGCUCCUUUGGGGCCUCCCCCUGCCCCCAGAGGCUGAGCCUAUGGCCCCGACCCCAGGGCCUCGUGGCUCUCAGGCCACCCCCACUAGGGGCAUGGCUUCAGGGGAAUACGAAGAAGCCGAGGAAGCUGCCACAGAUACCUGCUUGCCUGUAUUCCAGGUGAGGUCUACAGAGCCCACUGAUGCAGCAGGUCGGCUUAUACACCCUGAGGGGCCCCUGAUUAAGAUUGACAUGCCCAGGAAGCGAUACCCAGCCUGGGACGCACACUUUGUAGACCGUCGUUUGCGGCGGACUAUAAAUAUCCUUCAGUACAUCAGCCCCAAUGCAGUGGGCAUCAGGUACAGGGAUGGGCCUCUCCUCUAUGAGCUGCUCCAGUAUGAGUCCUCCCUAUAAAGGCACCCCUCAUCUCUCUCUCUUUUACCUACACACGUAUACACACACACACACACACACACACACACACACACACACACAUACAUACACACAUAAACACACACACACUGCUUCACCUCUCUCCAUGUGGGUGCUUAUUUUCUUCAGUUAUUCAGCCAAGUUUUAGAGUAUUUCAAAGAUCUAAAAUGGUCUAAACAGAGAAAAUAUAUCAUUUAUUUUCACAAAUGAAGAGAAUAUUAUUGCAGAAAUGGAGAACUAUGUCAAAAAUAAGCAGUCCUGCAAUGGGGCCCUUGUUAUGUGGA